AUGCUGAAACACCCUGCAGAGACCUCCUGGAAUACUGCUAUUGUGUUGAUAUUGAGUCUCUCUCUGUCCACAGUACUCUGUGCUUCCCAACGAACAGUCAAGUCUGAGACUCAGCGGGUGAAUGGCAUCUUGGGAGAGUCGUUAUCUUUUCCAGAGAGAGUGUUUAAAACUGGCUAUUUAAGGUAUGGAGAAGACACCAAUGCAUUUGUGCUCAAUGGACAAAGCCAAAUAGAUCCAGAAGAGAGAUUUAAAAAUCGCCUUCCCUGGGACAAUGAGACAGGAUUAUUCAGUCUGUCAGACCUACAGAUAGAAGAUGCUGGGGUUUAUUCGGUGGAGAAUAAAGAUGGAAAGAAGAGGGCACCUCAAUUUAACCUCACUCUUUACUGUAAGUGUGUGUGUGUGUGCGCGUGUGCGUGUGACGUUUCCAAACCUCAGGUGACAGGGUGUGACAGCAGCUCCUGUCGUGCGGUGUGUUCUGUGGACAACGGAAAAGAGGUGACCUUGACCUCGUACAGAGGAGAGGAAAAACUAAACCAGACCAGCAGUCCUGAUCUCACCACCGAUCUCUCUCUCCGUUUGGAGGUAGAGGGAAAGAACUACAACUCCACCUACAGCUGUGUGGCUGCUAACCCUAUCAGCAAUGAGACAGUUCCUGUCCCAAUAUGUUGCAGCAAAGAUGGUCAUCCCAAGGAGACAGUUUUAGGAAAGAUCCUAGGUGAGUUGUGUUGA